AAUUCCCCACGACGGCAAUGUUUUCAUUCACCCAGUUGUCAUCGGUCAGAGAGGGUGACCGACUUGAGCGCUAUCUUAACAACAACAACAACACUGCAGCUAACAAACUGUAAUAUAAACACUGUUCCGGAUUUGAAGAAGUAACAAACAAGAAUGCUCACACAACUGGAUAAAUUCAUUACUGCCCGGGAACUUUUAGAAAACGGGCGGCUGUCAUUAGGUGAUAUUGUCGAAAUCGAUCGCAUCAUAUAUUCGCAUUGGGUACUCUACAUCGGCGAAGACGAUGUUGUUCAUGUCGCAGGACCUGAUUCAGACAUUCCAUCUUCUGAAGCCAGUGUGAUCAAAUGCAAACUUAGGGAUGUUGCAGGUAGCAGUUUAGUCCGAAUAAACAACAAACUAGUUCCCGCUCGUGAGCGCGGCUUCGCGUCAUUGCCUUGUGACGUCACAGUGAGCAGGGCCCGUGGCAUGGUGGGCACGAUUGUGACACAUAAUUUAAUGACAAGGAACAGUGAACAUUUUGUUACAAGUUGGAAAUAUGGCGUUUGUUGGAGUGACCAGGCUGAAGCUGCAUACCAGGGUGUGUUUUCAUCUUCUCCACAAACCACGGCACAAGAGGCUCAUAACACAAUGUUCAUUGGCCUAAAGAGCUUGCUGCAUUCUGCUCAGCACUCGGACCAAAGGGAGACAACUCCGACUGUUUUGACACCACCAAUAAGGCCUACAGAUUCAAGCUUAUCAAUAUGGACAGGACUCAACAAGCUGUUGCACUCCCCGCCUUCUGUUCAAAGGGAAGCAACUCCAGAUAUUUAACUGAAGCUUGUUUUAAAAAUGAUGUUGUUGAUAAUGGCAUCAUCUACAGACAUGGUGUAUAAAUUUCUCCCUGCUCAGAAAGAUCUCUACAUAUCAAAUGUGUGCAAUUUUGGAAUGCUCAUUUGUGAAAUUUAUAGUUCUUACGGAACAAUAAUUUGUUCAUUCAAGUUACUGUACAUGUAAAAGUUUCAAAUUAUGAAUUUUUUAGCUCAUGUGAACCAAUGGUUGAAGUAAGCUUAUGUCAUGGGCACAUCUGCCUCUCCAUCUAACUUUUACAUAUAUUAUAUUUCCUCUGAAACCACAAUCCUGAAACUUUGCAUGGACGAUCCCAGUGCAAGUGUUUCUAAAUGCUGCUCACAGAAUCCUGAUCUGGUUUUCAACAUGGCAGCCAUAUUGUCACUUCAGUCCAUUACCAUGAAAAUAUGUUGUAUGCAGAGUUAGACUUCAACAUGUCUAACAUUCCUUGCCCUGCUUUGACCUUUGCGUACCCUAGAAGAAGCUGAAAGAAAGAAGAGAAUUCCAAUCCAUUUCAAACAUGGUCACCAUGGUAACCAUAAUUACAAUAAUUUUUCCCUUUAUUCAAUAUGUUUUGCAUGUAUCAUUAUGAAAUUUGAUUUGCAGUAAGUAUGUUGUGCAGAAUAACAUAUGAUGGAUAUUUUGAUGACCCUGCUGUGGCCUAUCAUGAGGGAAUAUGCUUGUUUGCCUGUUAUUAUGACCUUUUAGCCUAAUAUAUUCCAGAAAAAGUCAGUUGAGAGACAGAGCCUUUUGGUUCUAUUUUUCUGGAUUUAAGUGACACCUACUCCUCAAAUAUAUGCAAAAUAUGUUUCAGAAAAUAUUGCUCUUCUAGUUGCACAUCAAGUAAUGUGCAACAGUCAGAAGGUGUGUGGUGGGGGUUGUGUGUGUGUGC